UGGUAGUGGCUUUGGGUGAAGAGCUUGGUGAGGCUGCGGUGGAGAGAGAUGUAGGGAUGGUGGUGAUGAGGGGUUGUGUAUGGGAUUAGUGCAGAGUUAAGGAUUGAGGAAGAGGGAGUCACUGGGAAUGGUUUAUGUCAGGAAUGGUUAUUUUAGUGGUAGUGGGAAUGGGGAUGAGGGUUGGUAAUAUUGGAAGGAUGAGCUUUGUGAAAUGGGAGUGAUAGAAGUUAAAAUUUUGAUGUGAAGGAAGGGUACAAAUUAUUGUUGGUUAUACCUUGUAUUAUUGGUGCAGUAGGAAUUCUAUGGUUCUAUAUUGCUUUCAAAUAUAUUCCCCUAAGCUUGGCUACUCUGAUUUUUAAUAUCCAUCCUUUCUUGACUGAUAUACUUUCAUAUAUUAUGCUGAAAGAAGCCAUUACUAAGCUGAAAGUAAUUGUUGUAGUUGGUGCAUUUAUUUGAGUGUUCAUCUUAACUUUACACAAGAAUGGUCAUUAUUAACAAGGCAAAUUUUAUACACUAGGAUUUAUCUUAGUAUCUUUCACCUGCUUAACAGCAACUCUGGUAGCAAUAUUAUUGAGAGUUCUUAAUAAAGAAAUACAUUACAUGCUGACUCCGUUCUGGUUUAUUAUAGCAAUGCUAGUAAUCGCCCUUUAAGCUCUUUGUGUGUAUCAGUCAACUGAUCAUUUUGAAAGUUAUACUUAUGUUGACCUUGAAUUUUCUGAUUUUCUGGGCUGUUUAUUUAUGAAGGACAAGUUUUCAAAUCUCUUGCAUUCAAGUAUUCAAAUGCUUCUCUUUUGUCUCCAUUACAGUAUUUUGAUCUCAUCUAUCUCCUAGAAAGUUAUAUUUUGAUCUUUGAUGUUAAACAAAUCUAACAGAUGGGGCUUGAGGAGCUCUAAUUUUGAUCUCACUGUUUGCUCCAAUAGCUCAAGCAAUUUACCAAUAAUACUUUGACCCUUAACUACUUAUUUCAGGACAAAUUGAGAGUGACUCUUGAGCUAAAGUCUAUCCAUUAUAUUCA